GGAACUAGUGUCGUCUUACAUCGAGCAGCAGCGAUCGCUAGUUCGAACUUUUGAAAAACGCCUGUGACCGGUGUUCGGUCCUUGACACUGUCCCCGGGCCCAGCUCAAUCGUGACUAGUGUGGCUGGCCUGUGCCUGGAGAUCCUAGGACCAUCUCUAUUCCUGAGCACACAGGCUCAGGUAGUGAGAGGCACUGGAUUCUUGUUCUCCGCGCUCUGGCGCAUCCGGAACCUAGGCCCACAGUCCGAGUUUCUGGCCGGCAAAGGCGCCCUACAACUCUGCAUCACGGAAGCGCUCUCGGAGGGUCAGGACUCCGCCGGACCAGAAAUGUCGCCACCCGCCGGCGGUGCGGUAGCGGCUGCAGACCCUGCCUCACCUGUGGUGCUCCUGGCAGUGCACGCCGCGGUGAGACCUCUGGGCUCCGCGCAGGAUGCCGAGGCGCAGCUGCGGAGGCUGCAGUUGAGCGCCGACCCUGAGCGGCCUGGACGCUUCCGGCUGGGGCUGUUAGGCACCGGACCAGGAGCGGUCAGUUUAGAAUGGCCCUUGGAGUCUGUUUGCUACACUGUCCGUGGCCCUAACCAACACGAGCUGCAACCUCCACCGGGAGGUCCUGGAACCUUCAGUGUGCACUUCCUCAACUCUCAGGAAGCGCAGCAGUGGGCAGCAUUGGUGCGAGAUGCCACCGUAGAGGGACAAAAUGGCAGUAGCAGUGCAGCCCCAGCUCCAGCCCCAGAAAUGUGCCCCAUUUCUCCACCAUGUUCUUCUAUGGCUCAGAUACCUAAAGCAACUCAACUUGAGGUGGAAAGUUCUGGAAACUUGAAAAAAGAAGAGCUGGCUGCACGCCUGGCGCAGGCCAUUGCAGGUGGGGAUGAGAAAGCAGCAGCCCAGGUGGCAGCCGUCCUGGCGCAGCAUCAUGUGGCUCUCAGUGUCCAGCUCACGGAGGCCUGGUUCCCACCAGGCCCCAUAAGGCUACAAGUCACCGUUGAAGAUGCCACAUCCGUGUUGUCCUCUUCAUCGUCUGCCCAUGUGUCACUGCAGAUCCACCCACACUGUUCCAUUGCAGCCCUCCAGGAACAGGUGUUUUCAGAGUUCGGUUUCCCACCAGCUGUGCAGCGCUGGGUCAUCGGGCGGUGCCUCUGUAUGCCUGAACGAAGCCUUGCUUCCUAUGGAGUCUCUCAUGAUGGGGACUCUGCUUUUCUCUACUUACUCUCAGCCCCCCGGGAAGCUUCAGGACGUAGCCCUCAACACUCCAAGAUGGAUAGGAAAUUAAGAUGCUUGUUUCCUCAGUCAUUGGAACUGCCUCAUACGCUCCAGCCAACCAGUUACAGUCUCCCAAGUCCCCCUCAGCCUGGCUGGUCUUGCCCUUCCUGCACCUUCAUCAAUGCCUCAAACCGCCCUGGCUGUGAGAUGUGUAGCACUCAAAGGCCCUGUGCUUGGGAUCCCCUUAUGACAGCCACCACCUAGAAGCCAUCAAAGAGAACAUGGUCCUCCUGUCACAGGCCCAAGUCCUUGGACCAACCACCACUUGAACUUCACAGGGACCUCUGCUUGUUGGGGACAGAGAUGCCAGUGUUAUGGAACAAGAGACACAAGCCAGUAAUUAAAGACAUAUUAAGAGCCAGCCUUUGUCCUGGUCUUGGUGUGGAGUUGACAAGCCCAGCUGCCUGGGAGCAAGGAAACAAGAUUCUGCCCCUCAGUAGCAGGCGGAGUUUCCCAAACCACAACCAGGAGACUAAUGAAGAGAACAGAUUUAGACUCAAGCCCCAGUGAUCACAGAACACAGUACUGGACCUCUUUCCAGAGCCUCUAGGCCUACAGGGCUCCCCAUAUUGCUGAUCUGCUAGGGGCUCCUCUCAAUAACCCUGGCCCUGUUGUUG